AUAACAUUACCCUAUAACUAGCCGAAAUGAUCUCGUUAUACAUGAGGAGUUGCUGUCCAUUCCUGCCAAACCCAUUGUCCCCUUGUCUAACCUCAAAAGGGGUGCAGCUUGCUUAAUUGCCUCUUCUUCUGUAGUUCCAUCCUCCCCAAGCCCAAGGCAAGCAUGGCGCACAACGCGCCGUCCAACUCUCUCAUAUUCCUCCUGGUCCUAGUCAUCAUCCAAGCUGCCAGAGGCGCGACGUCGCGUCCAUCGCCGGCGCCGGCGGGGUACGUGCCGGUGCGCGCCGUGGUGUACCGAUCGGUGGCGCUCCCGGCCGCGACGGUAGCCGCCGCCGGGGACGAGGCGCCGGGCGGCGGAGGAAGGUACGAGCCGUUCCAGCUGUGCAUGGGGUGCCGGUGCUGCGCGGCGGCGGCAGGGAGCAGCAGCAGCGCCAGCUCGAGCAGCUCAUGCGUGGACACGCGGUGUUGCUACGCCAUCGACUGCAACGUCCCCGGCAAGCCCUUCGGCGUCUGCGCCUUCUCCCCCCGCACAUGCGGCUGCGGCGCCGGCAGCAACUGCACCACCACCUAGGGCGAUCCCCGUCGCUGCCGACCGCCGUUCAGCUAAUGACCGGCCUCGUGAGUCGUGAAUGAUCACCUGCUAGCUGUUUUUGACAUACUAUUAUUUUUACUUCAAUUUGGAUGGAAAAAGGUUACAUCUCACGAUUUAUUUUUCAUUUCCUUGUACCCAUUUCAAUUCUUUUGAGCACUGUCGAAAUAUAUAUUUUUACUCGUUCGUUGA